AUGACAUCAGCUUUAACCAAUCAAAUUCCUUCACUCUCUCACAAAAUGCCACCGCUGUUGAGGGUCAAAAAGAACCGCCUAAAUACGUCACAGACUAGUAUGUUGAAUUUUCAAGUUAGUAUGUUGAAUUUUCAAGCUAGUAUGUUGAAUUUUCAAGUUAGUAUGUUGAAUUUUUAA